UGCCUUUUCGAUGCCGGAGCUCGCCGACGUGGCAAUCGAGCGACUCGCUGCCGAGCGGGCGACCGCGACGUUCAAGACCGAGGCGUGCGUCGACCUCGUCCUUGGCUCCAAGGCGUGGCAGGCGCGCAUGGCCUACCUCCGGUCGCUUGUCGAAGCGCACCCGGUUCUCUCGGACCGCGACAUGAUGUACCGCAACCACAAGCAGCGAUAUUCGUUUGCGCUUCAAAAGGCCCACGCGUACACGCGCUUUCUGCAAGAGCACGACCUGACCGACCCGAUUGAGCGUACGUUUGUCUACGAGCUCCUCGGCGAGCCGCUGCCCAUUGACGUCCACCGGUCCAUGUUCAUCCCGACGCUCGAGACGCAAAUGGACGACGAGCAGCGCGACUACUGGCUCCCGCUCGCGCGCGAGGCCAAGAUCCUCGGCGGCUACGCCCAAACGGAGCUCGGCCAUGGCUCUAACGUCCAGGGCAUCGAAACAACGGCCAUCUACGACGCGACGACCGAAGAGUUUGUCUUGCACUCGCCGACGCUCACGAGUCGCAAGUGGUGGCCCGGUGGUCUCGGCAAGACGGCGACGCACAUUGUGCUCCACGCCCGCUUGCAUCUCGGCGGCAAGGACCGCGGCGUCCAGGCGUUCUUGGUGCAGCUACGGGACCCAGCAACGCAUGCCACGCUCCCGGGCCUUGAGAUUGGCGACAUUGGCCCCAAGAUCGGGUUCCAGUCGGUCGACAAUGGGUACUUGGUGCUCCAUCAUGUGCGCAUUCCACGCCGACACAUGCUCAUGCGCUUCGCCAAGGUGCUGCCGAACGGCGACUUUGUCAAGCCGCCGUCCGACAAGCUCGUGUACUUUACCAUGGUCCGCGUGCGCGUCGCGCUUGUGCAUUACGCCGCCAAGUACUUGGCGGCCGUAGCGACGAUUGCGACCCGCUUUAGCGCGGCCCGGCUCCAAGGCGGACCCAAAGCCAGCAACGCCGAAGUCCCUGUCUUGUCGUACGAGAACCAGCAGUUGACGCUCUUGCCGAUGAUCGCGAUGAGCUACGGCGGCAUCUUUGCAUCGCGACAGAUCCAAGCCAUUUACGACCGCAUGCUGGCGCAGCUGCAUGGCCCACUGAAUGCCCACCAGCUGGACAUGCUCAACCAGCUGCACGCGACGUCGUCGGGCUUGAAGGCCUUUGUGACCAUGGAGACGGGCGACGGUAUGGAGCGCAUGCGCCGCGCCUGCGGCGGCCACGGCUUUAGCGCGUCGAGCAACAUCCCGCACCUCAUGCACGAGUUCAUUGGCGCGUGCACGUUUGAGGGCACGUUCGAUGUGCUCAUCCAGCAGCACGCCGCGUCGCUCCUCAAGCGGCUCCACAAGCCCGUGAACGUUCGGUCGUCGGACGCGAGUUUGGAUCUCUUUGGCUUUCUCAACACGGACCUGCACCAGCGCUGCGCGGCAACGAAUUUGACCGAGCUGCUCGCGCCACCGACGCUCCUCCGCGCGUUCCAAGUGCGCGCGCUGCAGACGCUCCACAGUGCUGUCACGCACACCGGCUCGCUCUACUACCAGUCCCGCGCGUCCAUGGGCCACGCCGAGUCGGUCUUUCUCCAGUGCUUUUACGACGGCGUCGUUGCGAUUCACGACACGGCGCUCCGCAGCGUCUUGCAUCAGCUCUGGCAGCUGUACGCACUCUGGCGCAUGAGCCAACACCUCGGCGAGUUCCGCAUGGACGACUACCUCAGCGCGACCCAGGCGACGUGGGUGACGGACGGUCUCCUCAGUUUGCUGCCGCAGCUGCGUCCGAACGCGGUCGCGCUUGUGGAUGGCUUUGGGUUGACCGACUUUGAGCUCAACUCGGCCAUUGGACGGUACGACGGUGACAUUUACCGUGCGCUGAUUGCGCGUGCGGCCAAGGAGCCACUCAACCAGACGGACGUUGUCGACGGGUAUCACAAGUACCUCCAGCCGAUCCUCGCGUCCAAGCUCUAAGUCGAGAUGGACGUUGUCGCUGUUGAAGCUCCUAAAAGCUACAUCGUAAUAUGUUGGCUGUAAUACUCUACCG